AUGGAUCAACGCGAAUCAGUCGAUGAAAUUAAAAAAGAUACGAAAACAAAAUCAUCUUCAAUAUCUGAUAUUGAUCAAUUGUGUAAUUUAAUUGAUGAAAGUACAUUCGGUGGUUGUAUUCAGGGGUCAUCUCAAAAAUCAUCAUCAAAUCUAUCUGUACGAUUUCGUUCAGUUCCAUCUUGUCAAGUAAAAGCGUUUCGUUCGUCUCGUCUGAAACGUUUACACAGCUGUUCGUCAAUAACAAAGAUUGAUGAAGAGGACAACUCAGGAGAGAAAUCUUCGUGUCGAUCAUUGAUUCCAUAUACACGUCGAACAUUUUCAAUGCGUUUGUCACUAUCAACUCCAUCAUUACUAAAUCGUUUUCGUUCUUUAUCAACAUGUCACUUUCCCCAAUCUCGUCGUAGUUCACAUCAAUCACCAAGUCUUCGUUCACAUCAUAUUCGUUAUCCAUCUUCUACAACAAUAACUCUAUUUCGAACGAAAUCAAUUUUACCAGCAAUCGUUGAAGAAGAAUUAACCAAUGAUAAUUUAUCAUCACCGUCACCUUCAUCAUUGUCAACAACUACUCAAUCGCAAUUAUCAUGUACGAUCGUUGAUACACGACGACCAACAGCGAAUUCAUGUAAUGUUGAAGAAUUAGCUGCUUAUUUGGACAAUUUUCUUUAUUUACCUAAAUCAUUAUCGGGUGCCGCUGAACUUAUGUAUACAUAA